AUGUCCUUCAGCCCAAAGCACUCCACUCCCUUCUCAGUCACCGACAUUUUGAGCCCGAUGGAGGACAGCUACCGGAGGUUUGGAGGUAUGGAUCCCGCCGCGGGGAGCCUCGGGUCCCAGCUGGGCGCAUACCGGCAGCCGCAGGUCUCACAGCCCGGUAUGCAGCAUCAGCAGCAGGCGCAGCAGCAGCAGCCGCCUCAUCUCCACCAUCACCACCACCACCAUCACCAUCACCACCUGUCCUCCAACUCAUCAUCCUCAUCCUCCUCCUCUUCCUCAGUCUCGGCCACCGCAGCAGCCGCCGCUCUGGGGCCCGGCGGGCCCUAUCAUGUGCCCCACGGGGUGCCACAGUUCUCCGGGGCCGUAGGCGGGUUCUGCAACGGCGGCAUCGGGAAUGUGGGAGACCUGCCGUCCUACCAGGAGACAGUGCGCAGCGGGGGGGCGGCAGCGGCGGCCUGGUACAGCAACCCGGAGCCCAGAUACCCCACAAUUUCCAGAUUCAUGGGCCCCUCCGCCGGGAUGAACAUGUCCGGGAUGGUGGGCAGUUUGGCCGGGAUGGACUCCACCGCUAAGUCCAUGGUUACGCUGCACGCCGCGCCGCGGAGGAAGCGGCGGGUGCUCUUCUCGCAGGCGCAGGUGUACGAGCUGGAGCGGCGCUUCAAGCAGCAGAAAUACCUGUCCGCCCCGGAGAGGGAGCACCUGGCCGGACUGAUCCACCUCACCCCGAACCAGGUCAAAAUUUGGUUUCAGAACCACCGCUACAAGCUGAAGCGGCAGGCCAAGGACAAGACCGCGCAGCAGCUGCAGCAGGAGGGAAGCAGCAGCAGCGGCGUCGGAGGAGGAAGCGGUGGAGGUCUGUGCGCGACGACCCACCGCUCCUCCUCGGUGUCCCCCGUUCUCUCCAAGAACGGCAAGGGUUGCCGGAACGACUCCAGCGGCUCCAACCACACCGGAAACCGACAGAGUGGCGCGGGGGAAGCCUUGACUGCAAGCGCGCAGCAGCAGCAGCAGCAGGUGAACCAGCUGUCUUCCACGGACGAGCUGGAGGAUUUGUCCCCAAGUCCGCCACUGGGACUGCACGGUCAGAUCAACAUGACGCAGACGGACGCGGCGCUAAUCGAGUACACAAACAGCAUGAUCGGCUCCAAUUUACUGUACGGGAGAACUUGGUAG